AUGCGGUUGAUGUCCAGCGCAAGUAUCCCAACGCUUAACGCUCAAAACUUGGGUAAAGGUCCAUCGCUGAGGACUAUUGGAGAAGGGAAGCAACUUGCUGCCCCCGCGCAGGGACUCGCUCCUCCAAAGGAAAAACUGCAGCGGCGACGGCCGUCAGACGUGUCGAGUAUUAGUGAAGACGAGGUGGGGGCCAUCCCCGUGCGGGUCAAGCUGGAUCCAACAUCGGCGCACAUGAUGCGGAUCUGUCGCCACGUCAUCGCAAAACGAGCCAUGAAGUCGUUCUUGCGUCAAGAGAUGUCGGUGAUUGCCCAGACUGAGGUGCUGCUGCGCGAUGACGCAGCCUUGCAACGCCGGCCUGGGUCAUCAAAUAACCGAAUCCCGAUCAAGUCUAUGGCGUCCGACCUUGUGGAGAGCUUGGCCGCUUACCUUAAGGAGGGAGACCAGCACAUGACGGUUGACGAGUUGUUCCUGAAAGCUUUACUGUCAGAAGCAGAGAAGGACUGGAAGCGCGCGAUCCUGUUGGCCUCAGCGUGCGUGAUCAUCGAUCGCGAGUUCAUUCUGGCUGCGCUGCUUCGAGCGCGUUGCUGUCGCCGACUUGGGCUUUGGACUCAAGCGAUCAAGGAUUUGAGCCACGCCCUGCUGUUGCGUCCGGAAGACCAGCGUCUCUUCCUGCUGAGAGCGUGUCUACACAGCAAAAUAGGCGACGCCGAGAACGCGCUGGCUGAUGUGAAUCGUGCGUUGAUGCUGCAUCCGCAGUACACGGAGGCGCUGUUGCUACGGGCGGAGAUUUUCCAUCGAGGGCGUUCGAUUGGUGCGGCGUUGCAAGACUUGACGUCCGUGCUGGCUUUGGAUCGGGGUUGCUGGCGAGCUUACUAUGAUCGUGCAACGCUAAGAUUACGCGCCAUUGAAGGGGAAGAGCAAAACCUUGUCUACCAUUCGGAGCACCUACGCUACGAGGAGCUCCUGGCCUCUAUCAUCCAAGACUACGUGAACGCACUUCACAAAGGCUGCACAUUGGUUGAAGUCGUGGAGACCGUCGGCGAUCUCACGGUUCGUCUUCUCGAGUUCACGGGGGACGCGACUGUGCUACGACAAGUUAUCCAAAAUCUCACGCGGUUACUUCACUUACUCGUGCUUGACCCAAGCGGUGGACUCGGCAUGCCACGAACUCCACAGACUCCGAGUAACAGCAGCGGCUUAGGUGGAGCGUCCUCCUCUGGGAACGGAGAGUAUCGCUCACUAUCUACGGGGGACCGUGAACUAUUGGUGGCUGCUAUCCACGCUCAGCGAGGACGACUGUACGUGCUCUCGAAGGACAAAGUCAACGCAAUGGAGGACUUUGAUCACGCCGUGGUGAUGGAGUAUCAUUACCCUGUUGCCCACUUCUAUCGAGGCGCCUUCGCGACGCUGCUGCUUUCCAAGGACUCUACUGGAACAGGUAAAGACGCGGAGACAGCAGCUGCUCACCACGCCAACAACAUGCAACACUUAUCUCGUUGUCUUUCCCUGGAUCCGACGAUCGCUGGUGCGUACACAGUCCGUGGUGCAUUGCAUUUACGAGAUCUGCGCUUCAACAACGCGUUGCAAGACUUCAAGGCGGCAGUUGCAACAGACCCGACACUUUCCGAGGUGUGGCUGCAAAUCGCCUUGGUCUACCUGAACAACUACCACGACUGCGAAGAAGCCGUGAAGGCGUGUACGAGCGCGUUGGCGAACGACGCCAGUCUGUCCCGUGCCAUCUACGUGCGGGGUGAGGCGUACACGCGGCAAGGUAACACGACUGCCGCUCUGCAAGACUACACGCGUCUUACAAGAUUCCAGCCUACUGAUCGCUGGGCACACCUGCUACGAGGACGGCUCCUGCUGAAGCUCAAGAUGGCGCGCCCAGCACUGUACAGCUUCAUUUGCUUCGUCGAGCAGGGGGCUUUACUGCUCUGUGGACGAGCGUAUCAGCUCCUCUCGCGCUUCCAGAGCGCAGUGCAUGCGUUCGAGCAGGCCGUUGCUGAGAGUCCUACGAGCGAGAACCUUGUGUUGCUAUCCGAGUCUCUGCACUCGCUGGGAGACACUGAAAACUCGCUGCGCGUGAGCGACAAAGUGGUGAAUACGGACCCUUCCAGCUUCCGCGGAUACGCGCGUCGCGCGCAACUGCUCGUGUCCGUGGGGGAACUCGCCAACGCUAUGUCCGAGUACGACAGAGCUAUCGCACUAGCACCAAAGGAGGGGCGUGUGUACUACGAGCGUGGCGUCGUGCAGAUGCAGAUGUAUAUGCGGUGGCGCGUUGCGUUCCAGCUCAACUUCGCUUCGAGCACUGUCGGAGUACCCAAUGCAGUGCAGAAUAUGUCACGCUCGCAGUUCGCCCCUCAACUCACAGCGCGUGAAGUGGAAAGACACCUGGGAGCAGACGCCAUGAAAGACGAAGCGCUGGUACGCAAGAUGAUGAAGCAGUUCUUUGUGGGCAGCAUCACCGACCUGUCCAGAUGCAUCCGCUUGGAGCCUCUCCUUGCGGACGCGUAUGUGGAUCGUGCCGAGUUGAAUGCACUGGGCGAGGAGUACGACCGUGCUUUCCGCGAUCUGGAGACUGCGACCGAGCGCCAGCCAAAAUACGCCCGCGCUCACGUGAGUUUGGGCGUGCUCAAGUGCCAAUUCGCUGCAUACGCCGCAGCUAUUGAGGACUUCGACAAAGCCAUCAAGCUCGAAGCAGCAACAAGCGCAGAGACGCGCGCGUAUGCAUAUUUCAAUCGCGGUGUGGCCUACCAGAAGCUCGAGCUCUGGUCUCAAGCUGAGAGAUCGUACAGUCAAUGUAUCUCGCUAUUUGGUCGAGGUCGCGAUGUCGCGGCACACCGAAACCGAGCGAUCGUGCGCUGCCACUUGGGGAGCUUUGAUAACGCGCUGGAGGAUCUGGAAGAGGUUCAACAGAGCGCCCCGGACGAUGAUGAAGUGCAUGGAGCCUUAGGGUUCGCUCUACUGCAGCUGAAUCGAUACGAAGACGCUGCCAAACACUUCGCCGCCUAUGGACGACUGGGUCGUGACACGUACGUUGAUAGCGGGAACGCUUACUUCAAUUUGGCCACAAAGAGCGAGACGCACCUCGAACAAACUCAACACGCUGCGUACCUUGAACGCGCUCGACGAUUUUACUUGCGAGCUGCGCGACUGCAGCCAUCGAAUGUGGACGUUCGACUCAACUUGGCCAAUUGUCUGCGCAAGGAGAACUCACUGCGAGCGGCGAUUGCUCAGUGCGAUGCCAUCUCUCGCGACCAGCCGCUCAACCACACGUGCUUGGAGAGCAAGGCGCUAGCUCUGUUCGUGCUGCCUGGGAGAGGAAUGGACGCUGUCGCUUGCAUGGAUGCCGCGGUGCGUACAUGUGUGGCUUCCUCCGCCAACCUGGAAAAUAUUUUUUACGCGUUCUCGAGUGGAACCAUUCACCGCAACGCAUUGGAGCGCAAAACCGUUAGACGGAAUGGAGCCCGUCGGCUAUCGAGGGGAAUGGCACUAGCCCCGACCUCACCGACCGAUGGGAGCAACGCCACGAGUGCAGCGGCCACUCUUCUGGCGCAAAUGGAGACGCCAGCCCCCAAGGUGCAUCUCACAGGCUCACACGAGCAGACGCUCGCUCUGUACAUGCUCAACCGAGGAAUUAUGCUGGAGAAGAUGGGGAACUUGGCGCGUGCUCGACAGGACUACAGCGAUGCGUUGCACUUUGACCCGCUAUCGGUUCACGUCCACGUGUGUUUAGGCACUCUCAGCCUUCGCGAGGGCAACUUCGAGCAAGGAGCAGCCGAGUUUCACCGUGCACUUGAACUGGACCCGUCGUCUGGAGUCGCGCAUCUGAAUCUGGGGGUGGUUCGUCUGAGUCGCAACGAGUUGCAGCCCGCUCUCGUCCACUUCGACGCUGCCAUCGCACUCCUCCCUCGCUGCAGUUACGCGUAUGCAAACAAGGCGGUGGCAUUGACUCGCAGUGGGGACACGCAGGAGGCCGAGCUGUUCUUCAAAAAGGCGAUCGAUGAACUCCCGUCUCGGAAGGAAUUUUAUCUGGCACGCGGCAAAAUCGUUGCCUUACAAAAGCGCGUACACGACGCAAUGGUCGACUUCUCGACCGCGCUAUUUCUCGGAUACGACGGCAAACUCUAG